AUGGGCUAUUUUAUGGGCCUAAAGACUAUAAGGCCUCUCUUAUCCGAAGAUCAACAAAUCCUCUGUUUUCCUUUUUCUGUCCUCUCCACCAUGACUCUUGAGAGCAGGGGAGUGAUUCCUAUACCUUUCACUGACUCUAUCUUCUCUACGGCUUUCUCUUCUCCUUGAAUCAUCAUCAUCAUCAACUGUUGCCUCUAAAUUUGCCACCCGGCUGGAAGAAAGUUGCCAAGUAAAAUUGUACAUGAUACAAAAGGAAAGGGAUGCAAGACAAAUAAAGAGGUUGCAAAGGACAACGGUUCUGGUCUUGUCGGAACGAUAGGUUUAGUUAGUUAGUAAUUAACAGGAAUUUAAAUUAACCAGAUUACUCCUGAUUAAUUUUUGCGGGCCUUUAAUUAAUGGGCCCUAUAAGGAGCGUUAAGUUAUAUUAUAUGCGUUCUUUUAACGUCAGAGGUUAGUGGGCCAUUUUACAAUUACCUUACUCGAGAGGUUUUGUUUUUGUUUGUCAAUAAUCCUUCUUUCUGUAUCUGCUCCGAUGAUCUUAACUCCAGAAGCUGACUGUUAAUAGGAAGAAACGCUUUGAUGAGUGAGUUCACAUACCUGUGAUUUAUGUACAAAAUCGCUAUAGAGAGCAAUCUGCAGCAUCUUAAAAUGGACGGUAGAAAAGUUUUUUUUUCUACUGUAAAAAAGUUUGUCUAGCCUAGAUUCUAUGUAGCUGAGUUGGUUUUUUGAAACGUGUAGAAAUUUGUGUAGAAAAAUAGGGUUUUCUUGUUGUCAAAUACUCUGUAUUUUCUUUAAACAUGAUCCUAAUCAGUGUGGAUGUUGUUGUAAAGAUUAGUAAUGCAAUGUGGUCGUCUGUUUAUAAUUACUAUAGAUAAAGAGCUGAAAUAAAAUGAAAUUAAAUUGUGUAACCAAAAGAAGAAACUACAGAGCCUUUCAUCUUUUUGUAACAGAGCGAGACUCAGUUACUAAAAUAAGCAAAAAUACUUUUUCCUUUUGCGUGUGUACAGAGUCUUAAUAAUGUUUUCCUCUACACUAACAGAAAUAGAAAGGUCAUUUAGGGCUCUCUUGAAACGUUGUCUUCAUGAGAGAAGGAGUUGUCUUCAUGAGAUGGCUAGAAACAGAGCAUUAGGUAGGCUUCAAGAGGACAUGAACAAGACAAGCUUCUUCAAGAUUCUUGCAGAUGAAGAUCUUUCCUCUGAAUCCAUGAGGUUGAUUCCAAACGAUUUCUGGACAAGAAGUGAAUGCAAGAAUCUCCCACCUAAGGUGACCUUGAAGGUGGCUUGGGGAAGUUCUUGGACAGUGAAUCUCUCAACAUUCAUGGGAUUUUACCUCAUGGAGAGAAAGGGAUGGAAGAAGUUUCUAAGCGACAAUCAUUUAGGAGACGACGAGUUCCUGACAUUCACAAACCAAGGAAACAAUUGCAUAACCGUUGACAUCUACCAGAAGAACUGUAUAGAGAUUCUCAAGCCACUAAACACUUCUUCCUCCAAUGCCAAGAAUGAAAAGAUGAGCUGUGUUGAUCCUGUAAUAGCUGAAUCUAAGAUGAAGAAGAAAGUGGUUAGUAAUGUCAAUAGAGCUUCAUCUUCUUCUUCCUCUGCUCCAACAUUCAGUCUCACCAUCAAGAAAUCACAUCUCACAUUGUUGAUCAUACCGUUAGACUUUGCAAAUGAGCACAUGCCAAAGGGGAGGGCUAAGUUUGUCAUACAUGAUCCCAAGGGAAAGCCAUGGGAUGUGACCUACGUUCCAAGUAACGCAUCAAAGUUGUUUUCCAGCGGAUGGAGGAUUCUAGCAAAGGGCUACGGUUUAGCUGUUGGAGAUUUGUGCACUUUCAGACUUGUUAAACCAAAAGAGAUGGUUCUUGAAGUCUUACAUGCUUCUCCAUGAAGUGGUGUUUGGUAAUAGCUCAUAAGAGCCAAAGACUUGUUGUAGUUUUAGAUCUUUAAGGUUAAUGAAACUUGAUGCUUUCUUUAUCAAAAA